AUGGUCGAUGUUUUGUAUUCACUUGUGGAUAUUACUCAACGAUUUGAUCAAUUAGUAUUGGAUCCAUUUUAUAUUCGUAAUCUUAAUAUGACCUCUAUGAUAAUGAAAUCAUAUUAUGAUCGAAUCUACUCAAUAGACAAUCAAGUCCUUGAUAGAAUUUAUAAACAUAUUUUACCUCGAAUUUAUCAUCACGUAAAUAAACUCAUUGUCGAACAACAUUCGAUUGAACGUGUUCUUCAUACUAUCAGUUAUCCUCAACUUUACUCAUUAACACUUAUGGAUUUUCCACAAGACGUACUUCUCAAUUGCUUAACAAGUAAUACAAUUCUUCGCAAACUUCUUAAAGAACAAAUUACAUGUCUUAAAAUUGAUGUUAAGGAUAAGCCAACAAAACCAUCUCCUGAAACUUUUUCGGUUAUUUUAGCUUUCAUUUUAUGUGUAUGUAAAAGACUAAUCAAGUUAAAUUUUUGUCAAUCCUAUCAUCGAUCAACGUUCUGUACUUUUGAAUUAUCAUUAACCAAUUUCAAGUCUUCAAUUUUGACUACAUUGAAAAUUAAUGUGAAAACUUUCGGUGAUUGUCUUUAUUUACUUGAUGGACGUUUCAAUUGUUUAUCAACAUUGAUUAUAUAUGUAAAAAUAAUUACAGAUACAUUAGGAACUAUCCAUAACACAAAAAAACUUCCCAAAUUGAAACACUUCUCAUUAACAUCGCAUCCACAUAUACUUCUAUAUGAUAAUCUAAUUAUUCCAUUACUUCGACGAAUGAUAAAUCUUGAACAUUUGAUAUUAUAUCUGUCAAUAAUAAGAAGUAAUAAGAACUAUAUUGAUGGUAUUCAAUUAUAUGAUGAUAUUCUUAUUUAUAUGCCACGAUUAAACAAAUUUACUUUCAGUAUACAUACAAAUGUAGACAAGAAGAAUACUGAAAUUGUUUUUUCAUCGAAUGAAGAUAUUCAGCGUAGUUUUAGCAGAAAAGAAUAUGGACCAGUUGGUUCAUAUAUUGAAACUUUCACAAGAGAAAAUAAACGUAGUUGCCACAUCUAUUCAUUACCAUAUGAAUUCAAAAGUAGAUGCCAUAUCUAUUCACUUCCAUAUCAAUUCAAAUAUUUUUCUUAUUUAAAUAAUUCUUUUCAAGGUGGCAUGUUUGAUAAUGUUCAAUCCCUGAUAAUGACGGAUUGCUGCCCUUUUGAGCAUAGCUUCUUCAAAGUUAUCUCUCAAAGUUUUCCUCUAUUGAAAGAAUUGCAUAUUAUUAAUGAAGAACCACAGAAGGACAAGCAACAAUCGAUGCCAUUAAUUAUAUUUUCUCAUCUUAUUUUGCUCAACAUUGAUACUGCUCAUGCAGAUUAUGCUGAACAGUUUCUUGUCGAUGAACGUUGUUAUUUACCUUGUUUGCUGAAUCUUAAUAUCGGCUAUGAAUCACUCGUUCUGGUUACAAACAAUUUUACUAAUGAUGCUACACGUCUCACUUGUAGCAAAUUGACCAGCCUUCGUAUAAAGGAAUUGUUUGUACCUCCAAAAACUUUUCAUCAAUAUUUUCCUUUAUUGUAA